CGAUUGCUAAUCACUAAUCAGUAAUGUGUUGGAAAAUCAAAAUUAAAACGAUAAAUUGAAUUGAAUAACGAAUAACAAUUAACGGCGACGACGCAUCACGCAUUACUUURGUCAAGAAAAGCUGUAACGAAAUAUUAUUUCAUUGGUUUUUAUCGAAUUCUCAAUCGUGGUUUGGGUGGGUAACGUAUUCGAACGGUAGAUACUUGGCACGGUUUCCAAGCUAGCACGCCAUGUCCAAGUCGUCUGGUUCCAACGACUUGCGCACCGAGCUGGCCGAGCUCGUCAAACGCAAAUCAGACAUCGCUGAAACUUUAGCCAAUCUUGAACGUCAAAUUUAUGCAUUUGAAGGAAGUUACUUAGAAGACACUCAUUUAUAUGGUAAUAUCAUUCGUGGUUGGGACAGAUAUCUUACAUCAGCCAAUAAACUYCCUAAUUCUAAAAAUGAACCGCGUAACAGGAAAUUUAAAGAAGCUGAGCGUCUUUUUUCCAAAUCUUCCAUUACUUCUAUGGCUGUAAGUUUAGUUUUUAUAAAUAAUAACUUUAUAAUGAAGUUUAAAAAAAGAUAAACCAUUAAAAUUGUUCAACUUUAUGUUACUUCUUAAACACAUUUAA